CCAGUCCUGCCAGAAAUGGAUGGUGUGACUGAGUUUGCAGAAUAUGUCUCUGAGACAGUUGACGUGCCAUCUCCAUUUGAUCUCCUGGAGCCACCCACCUCAGGGGGCUUUUUGAAGCUUUCUAAACCUUGCUGCUACAUAUUCCCUGGAGGACGAGGUGACUCUGCUCUCUUUGCUGUCAAUGGGUUUAACAUCCUUGUGGAUGGUGGCUCUGACAGGAAAUCUUGCUUCUGGAAGCUGGUGAGACACCUGGAUAGGAUUGACUCAAUCCUGCUCACCCACAUUGGUGCAGACAACCUACCUGGCAUCAAUGGGCUGUUACAGAGGAAAGUUGCUGAGCAGGAAGAGGAACAAUCCCAGGGCUCUACCAACUACAGUGACUGGAUGAAGAACCUGAUUUCCCCUGAGCUAGGGGUGGUUUUUUUUAAUGUUCCUGAAAAACUGAAGAUGCCUGAAUCAUCCAUGAAAGUAAAGCGGAGCAUCGAAGAAGCUUGUCUGACACUGCAGUAUCUUAACAGAUUAGGCAUCAAAGCAGAGCCUCUCUACAGGGUGGUGAGCAGCACCAUUGAACCCAUCACACUUUUCCACAAAAUGGGAGUGGGUAAGCUGGACAUGUAUAUACUGAAUCCUGUCAAGGACAGUAAAGAAAUGCAGUUUCUAAUGCAGAAAUGGGCUGGUAAUAGUAAAGCAAAGACUGGCAUAAUUCUUGCAAAUGGGAAAGAAGGUGAAAUUUCUGUUCCAUAUCUCACAUCUAUCACAGCCCUAGUGGUAUGGCUGCCAGCUAGCCCAGCAGAGAAAAUUGUAAGGGUUUUGUUUCCUGGAAAUGCUCCUCAAAACAAGAUAUUGGAAGGUCUUGAGAAACUCAAGCACCUGGAUUUUCUGAGGUACCCAGUGGCUACUCAGAAAGAUAUCACUUCUGGAAUCGCUCCACCUGUGCUGAAGCAGACCAGAAUUAAACAAAGAACUGACAGUAAAGAAAGUCUUAAGUCUUCCCCCAAGCCAUCUGUGACAAAACAAGCUAAGAAAGAAGAAGCAGUUGAGGAGGGGAUUAAGGAGAUAAAACCAGAAGUCAUAAAAGACACUAAAAUUGAUAAAAAAGUUAAAGAACACUCAGAGAAAAUUCCUGAGAAACCUGUUAAACAUGAAAAGAUAAAGACAGAAACAAGUGAUGCUCUUAAAGCUGAGAAAAGAAAAAUGGCAAAAGACAAGGUUGGAAAAAAGCAUCUCAAAGAGAAAGUAUCUAAACUGGAGGAGAAGAAAGACAAAGAAAAGAAAGAGAUUAAGAAGGAGAAAAGGGAUCUUAAAAAAGAUGAUGGAAAGAAAGGAAAAAAAGAUUCAAAGAAAGAUGAUAAAAAGAAAGAAACCAAACCAGAGUCCAAAAAACUUUCUAAACCAGAUUUAAAACCAUUUACACCAGAAGUAAGGAAAACAUUAUACAAGGCAAAAGUUCCAGGCAGACUCAAAACAGAGAAGAUCAAAGUUAAACCUGAAAAGGAAGUACUUGCUGACCUGAAGAUGUCCCCACUGGAGAAGGCACCUGCACACGUGGAGUCAGGAGACACUUCCAUAGCUGAGCAAAGGUUAGUACUGUCUUCACCAGAAGAUCUUACAAAAGACUUUGAGGAACUAAAGCAUGAAGAGAAAGAGCCCUUGAAGGUGACUCAAGAAAUAUCUGAUAUUGAGGUUAGUGAUAACAUUAUGGGUGUACCCAAAGUAGAGAUAAAAGACUCUGCUGACAUGGUUGCUCAGAAUUGCCUUGAAGUGGACCUGAUAAUGAAAACAAACAUUCCGGAACAUGGAAUAACUACUACUGACAUGGAAAAAGAAUCACCAGCAGAAGAAAAGGCAAGUUAUGCUGAAAAAAUAGAGGAUGAAAGAAAAACAUUAGAUGAAAAUCUUGACAUGAUAUGCCAUGAUGAAAACGUGGAGCAGGAAAAGGAAGUUCAGCUGUUUCCAGACAAAACACAGGUACCAUCGCAGAAGGGCCUCUUAGCAAAGGGUGGUUGGUCAUCAGCACUUGGAGAGGAAGAAAAGGGGGAAGAGGAGAAAAUCUCUUUGGACAAAAAACAAAGGGAAGCAGAAACAAAGACUUGUGAAAAGUACUUUGAGGGGACAGAGGCACAGGAAGAGGGUGAGAAGGAAAAGAGAGAAGCUGUGAUAGAAAAGGCAGAACUGGAAGGAAAGGAAGAACAGCACUUGAAGGCAGAGCAGAGGGUGGAAGAGAAUAAAGACAUCUACGAUCUGAAUCAGGUAGAGAGGAAGGGCAAAAUAUUUACCACUACAGAAAAGGAAAAAGAAUUUAGGGACAUGGGUGAGAAAAACAAAUUAUUUGGGAAGGAUGUAACAAAGGAAGAGUCCUAUCUGAGAAGUCUGCCAGUCCCACCAGGAACAACAACAGAACACAUUUCAUAUAUCCAAGAUGAAACUAUCCCAGGCUACUCAGAAACAGAGCAGACCAUUUCUGAUGAAGAAAUACACGAUGAACAGGAAGAGAGGAUCCCACACUUGAAGUAUGAUGUCAAUGCCUAUGACAUUUCUGUUCCGGACCAGCCAGGCUCUUUUGAAGCAAUACAUGGAAUACAGGCUGUGCCUACUGCUGACCUUUCAGCCAAGGGCUAUGCUGGCCAGGAGUCUGAAAUCCUGGCAUAUCCUACAAACAUUGUGGCAGCACCUCUGGCUGAGGAGGAACAUAUAUCCUCCGCUACCUCCAUUACAGAAUGUGAUAAGCUUUCAUCUUUUGCAACUUCAGUAGCAGAAGAUCAGUCUGUUGCAUCUAUAACAGCACCGCAAACAGAAGACACUGGGAAAAGCUCUCUACUUCUAGACACAGCAAACAGCAUGCCCUCCUCCCGGACAGAAGCAACACAAGGUCUUGACUAUGUUCCCUCUGCUGGCACAAUCUCUCCCACAUCAUCCUUAGAGGAAGACAAAUGUUUUAAAUCUCCACCCCCAGAAGAUUUCCAUGCAUUAGCAGAAGGAGAGAGAAAACUGGAAGCUCAGAAAAAGGAUCUCCAUGAAGAGGAAGAAGAUGAGGAGGAAGAAGAAGAUGGGACUCCAAAUAUUGAAAUGCCUGAGAAACUCAGAGGGCAUUACAGUGCCCCCAUGUUUGCUCAUCAAGGCUGUCCUGAUAAUGUGUUAAUCAGUGUUCCCAUAGAGGUGAUGCAAACUUCUGGUCUGCUAUUGUCUACUGAAGAACCAUCAUUUUCCCACACUGACUCUGCAGAGGCUGAAGAGCGAUGCAUGAGUCCUGAUGAUAGUACAGUCAAAAUGGCCUCUCCCACCCCAUCUGGCCCCACUAGUGCAGGGCACACACCUUUCCACCAGUCUCCAGUGGAGGAAAAGCUAGAAACAGUAGAUUCAGAUCUAUUUGAAAAACAAACAGGUGCUGUUGCAAAGAAACUGGAAGGCCAAACUUCUGUUGUGGUGGGGGGAGCCAAGGGUGAAUCUCUCAGAGAAGACGAUGUAUCUGCAGCUAAAUACAAACAUGAAAAAGAAGUGUCUGGAUCUGCACAGCACAAGCUGGACUUGGGAAGUGACAUUCCAGUGUCCCCUGGGAAAGAGGUGCAGGCAGAAUCACUAAGGAAGGAGGAGCUGCCCUGGCUCUCCUACCACAAACAGGACACAGUGGUGAUAGGGGAGGAGGAGGAGGAAUGUCCUGUGCUGCCCCAUCCUGGCACAGAUGUAUUUUCGAAGCCAGAAAAAGAGCAAGUAAUUAAAACUGUGACAGAAAGUUUAACAGGAUUUUCAAAACACUCGUCCUUUGUGCCAUUCUCUACCACAGAAACAUCUUUAGGAAACAUGACUUCUCCACAGUUCACAAGCCAAAGCAAAUCUGAAAGUGAGAAAUCUUCAAAAUUUUUACCAGCUGACAUCAAAACACUUUCUUUUGAAGAAGAAGGUAUUCAUAAAGAAAAAUCCUCAGACACUGCUGUUAAGGUAGUGACUACUGAAGGAGGAAAACUGCAUUUCACAGGAGACACCACAGAAGAAAAAUCUUUGCAUGUUUCCAUUAAAGACAUAUCUCCAGAAGAGACCAAAUCUCUCACUGAGAGUUCCAGCAAGGAAAUCUCUUCAGACCUUUUUGUUAAAGGAGUCUCUCCAGAAGACAUCAAAUCACUUAGUUUCACAGAAGAGAUCCCUGCAAAAGGAGAAGAUGCAUCUGAUCUUCCAGACAAAUUCCCUUCAGGACCUGGGAAAUCCAUGGAUUUCACAGAGCACAGCCCAGGUGCACAUGAAAAAUCACUGAAAAUUUCUGCCACAGAACUCACAAAAGAAGUGUCAAAAUCCUUUCCUUGCCUAGAAAGUAGUUCAGUUAAAGACAUAUCACCCAGAGAUACUUCAACUGAAGAAAUGUCUCCGGAUGACAGUUUAUUUUCUGCAGCAGAAAAGGGCCCAUUUAGGGGAAGAACUGCAGGCCUGGACUCUCAGGAAGUGUCUCCAGAUGCAGAGGCCUUACACUUCACUGAAUCUAUCCCAACAUAUGAUAAAACAUCUUCACACAUUUCUGCUGAAAGUGUAAAAUCUUGCAGGUUCAAGGAAGCUCAAGAAGAAAAAUCUCCAGAAACAGACGACUUCUACAUGAAAGAUUUAAGUUAUGAGAGGAAAGUGUGGUUUCCAGAAGAAGAGGAGGAGAUCCCUUCUCAGGAAAGGCGGCAAAGAUAUGAUAAAGAGAGAGAGAGCACAUUCUUGGAUGAGGCAACAGAAUAUGAAACAAAAUUCCUUCCUAAGAUGGGAGAGAAGAUCCUGUCUCCUGAAGUGCCUGACAAUCACUCAUGGAAGAGAGCAGAAAGCGAAGUGUGGGGCUCUGCGUAUGGGCAUCAUCAGGAUGGACGAGAGACUAGAAGAGGGCAGUUACCCAGUGAGGAGGAUGAGAAUCUCCACCAUGCUGAAGACACACAUGUCUUCAUGUUUAAAGAUGAAAGUUUAAAGAUGGAAUCCUAUGAUAACAAGGAAGACACACAGAAGAGUGCUGCCAAACCUAUAUCAGGAAAAAAGAAAGCAGAAGUAGUUCCUGAUGGCAUCCCUCUCCCAGAAAGAACAAAAAUUCCCUGUCCUCUGUCCUCUCAAUACAUCUCUGAUGAGGAAAAUCAGGCCAAAGCGUUAACUGGAAACAAAGAAGGGCAAGAACUGUUGCUGGCAUCUAAACAGGAUUACUCCUUCUUAGAGUAUGAGGAGAAAGCUGUCCUAGAUAUCUAUGCAAAAUCACUAGACCAAGCACUGAUGGCAUCUUCCCUGUCUGGAACAGCUACCACUCUGAAACAGGAGAUUGACACACCAGAAAUGGAAAGACUUUACAAGUUAGACCAGUGCAAACCACCUUUACAGGUGGAAGUGCCAUCGAAGGACACAGAGAAAAAAAUGGACACGAGGGGUUUGUCUCAGGAAAUAGACUGUAAACACAAGUCAGACAGAAAGCAAGAGGACGUCUGCAAAUCCACUGAGGGUUUUUAUGAUUCUACAGGAAGAAAAGAGCAGAUGGCAGCAUCACCUACUCUGUUGCAAUCUACAACACCAGCAGAAUAUGAAUAUAUGGCAGCUUCCCCAGAAGAAAGUGCUGCAGUGUCAAGGCAGUGUGCACACUCCCCCCUAGGACAAGGCCCUUGUCCAAGAAGCAGUGCUGCCAAAGGACAUACUGAGCUUGUGGGUUCUGACACCCGAGUGCCAUCUCCUCCAGAGUCCUAUUCCAGCAGCUCCCCUGAGCCUUAUUCCUAUGAAAAAGGGGUUUGCAGACCCAGAGGUGAUGACAGUUCUAGAAGACAAGAGCAAGAAGAAAGAGAACCAACUCCCUAUCCUGAUGAAAGAAGUUUCAAGUAUGCUGACAUCUAUGAGAAGAUAAUUGUGUCUGGGGUUGGACCUUCCCCCUUCACACCCUGCAAGGGUGCAGACAGCCCAGGUCACCCUGACAAGGUGCCAGCAACAGCAGCAAUCUCUGAAAAAGGCCAAAAUUUUCAUGUCUCUGCAAAGGAGGAAGAGUCCUGCCUUUAUACCUCUGCUGAGAAGGAGCUGUCAUCUCCAGCAUCCCCUAGAGAUAAAGCAGAUUCAGCCUUUGACUAUACAAACAUCCAUGAAAGAUACUUGCCCUUGUCUGAAAGAGAUAAGCCUAAGAUGUCUGAAGGACAGGAAGAACUGAAGGCGUCUUCUGCUUUGUUGGAAGAAAAGGACUCUGAACAGCACCCAUCAACUGCCAGUGUAGUGUUUGCCUCUCCCACAGGUGUGACAGACACAUUUUACCAAGAAAAAUCAGUUGCCUAUAUUGAUGCUGCUUGUCCAGAUGAGAACACCAUUUUCUCUAGCCGGGAGCAGGUAUCUUUGUUCCUGAAAUCUGAAAGCCCAAAUCCCAAAGAUACAUACUAUGAGAAAGCAGGUCGAGGGGAAGAAAUCACGAGUGACUCAGAGUUAGAAAAAGGCGCUAAGGAGAAAUCUGAGAAGGAGUCUAAACUGCACAGCCCUGUUGAAGCUGCAGACACUGUUUAUGCACACAUCUCAGCAACAGGCAAGUUUCAGGGAUCAGCAUCCCUUCUGCAAAGCAAGUGUCAGGAGUCCACUUCACCCAGUUCUACUUCCUCUUCACCCUCUGAUCCAGGGUGGAGAGAGGAAUAUGGAGGUAGGAAAACUGCAUCACCUGCUGCUGUGGGCACAUACACUGCUGGUUACAGUGACCUGCCAAACAUAGGCAGAAAUGAGCAGGCUUCAGAAACAUGCCAUUUAAGGCAAGAUGCCUCAGAAAAGAGACAGGUUGCUGAAAAAUCCAUGAAAGAAUCACAUGUCUGUGUAACAGAUUAUCCAAGCUCAGUGGUGGUCUCGGAGUGCCCAGAGAAAGCCACGUACCCAAAAUCUGUUUCUGGAAAAGAGGUGGGCAGGGUCAUGGACAGCUCUGCUGGGUUUGAAUGCUCCCUGCUAGGAAAGAGUGAAACAUACACCAUGUUCAGACACAAGCAAACCUCAGCAAGCCAUUUAGGGGAUGUCUGUCUUCCUUUAAAGGUUCCUUGUGCUUUGCUCUCAGACCAGGGGAAGAAAGAUGAGUACCUGGAGGUUUCUGAGAAGAUCAGCAGCCUUGGCUCAUCUUUUACUAAAUUCUCACCGAGUCCAUAUGAAGAAGAUAAACUGCUCUCCAAAGCUGUGAAAAAAGAGUCUGUGACCCAGCAGCAGCUGAAAGAUGACUCUUCCAGUCUGUCAGAGGAACCUUCAUCUGAAGCUACUACUCCUGUAAUACCAGCUACAGCAGAAAGUUUCUACUCCCAUAUGCUUUCCACAUACACGGGUGCAGGAGCAGAAUCAGGUACCAGUAGUGUUUGGGAUGUGUCUCCACCGAUUCCAGAUAACGCUAUGAAAACACAUAGAGGUGAAAUAAAAGACUUUGUGUUUGCUGAAGAAUGUGGUUCUCCGUUCACAAGUGGCAUGGGUGACAGCGUUUUGCCAUGCAAGAAGGAGUGCCAGAGUUCACAGCCCACACCUUUCUCUACAGAGAAACGACAACCCUGUGUAAGCAGCCCAGAGCAGAAGGCCCCAUUUGUAGAGCAGCUAAUGACACUGACAUCUCUCCCCAAUGUGUUGACAUCAUUUCCUCAUCAGCAGCAUGAAUAUGAAACCACAGCCAAUGGUCCAACAGAGGUGAGCACCAGUCUGCAGGCUUUCCAAACUACAUACCAUGCAGCAGAGGCAAAAGAUGAAAAAACACAUCCUGAUUCUGACAGCAGUUUUUCUCCAUGUGCAGGCAAAGAGGACACAGAGAGGCAGAGCCGCCCUUGCUCUCUGAUGUCCCCUGAACACAAUUUCCAGCCCUUUUACCCAGGUGCACAAAGGGGUGGAAAAAGAGAGGACCAUGGAGAUUCUUCCCAUGAGGUGGAUCCCCAUUUAGGAGGCAGUUUUGAUAGUGGACAGAAAUUUUCCUCCUAUGAAUACAAGCACAAGAAGGGAGAGCUCUCUCCCUCGUUCAUCAACCCAAGUCCUCAUGAGCUGUCCGAGGAUAGUGACCUCUCCCAGGAGGAUGGUCAUCCCUCAGUGCAAGGGAGACCAUCCCACACUGGUAGUAGCCCCAUGCAAAGUGCCACAGUGGAGGAAACCCCUCCAACAUCAGUGAGUGAUUCUGGAACCUCACAGUCAGACUCAGAUGUCCCACCCGAGACAGAAGAAUGUCCAUCCAUCACAGCAGAUGCCAACAUGGACUCGGAUGAAGAUGCCGAUUUCCUCCCAGUGGACAAAGCUGUUGGGAAUGCUCACCAUGCCACUUCUAGGUCCAGCCAUGAUCCUCAGCCUGUUCCAAUGGUAGAUCCCCAUCCCCAUCCUCCUCACCCUGAUGUCUGUAUGGUAGACCCUGAUAUGCUGGUAAAUGAGCAAAGCAUGAGCAGAACUGAUAAAAUUUCCAAGAAAGACAUGAAAGAAAAGAACAAAGGUGUGAGGAAACCUUUGAGCAAACCCAAAUCUUCCUCACCUGCCCGAAAAUUAGAUGCGAAAGGGAAACGAUCACCCACUCCUGUGAAACAGCCAUUGGACAAAUCUCCAAAAUCUGUCACUGCCAAAAAAGAAAGAGAUGGAGGAGAGAAGCUCAGACCACGAAGUGCACUGGUGCAGCCUCCUCACACAGAGGAUGAGUUAUCCCGGAGUAGUCACAGCAACCCUGGCAAGAGCCUUAUUAAUGGCAUUAAAACAAACCCUGCUUCCAAUAGUCCUAAGAGCAGUUUGCCUGUGCUCAUGGGUCCACCUGUUUAUGUGGACUUGGCAUACAUCCCCAACCACUGCAGUGGAAAGAACACAGAUCCAGAGUUCUUCAAGCGGGUUCGAGCAUCAUACUAUGUUGUGAGUGGGAAUGAUGCAGCCAAUGGAGAACCAAGCCGUACAGUGCUGGAUGCACUCCUGGAAGGGAAGUCUCAAUGGGGGGAGAACCUGCAGGUGACAUUGAUUCCAACACAUGAUACUGAGGUGACAAGAGAAUGGUACCAACAGACCCAUGAGAAACAGCAGGAGCUAAACAUCAUGGUACUGGCAAGCAGCAGCACUGUUGUGAUGCAGGAUGAAUCUUUUCCAGCCUGUAAGAUCGAAUUCUGA